CCAUGAGUCUGCAAGGAGCGUACCCGGAGCUACCCCAGGAGGAAUUCUUCCAGGGAUACUAUCAUCCUGCCAACCCUUAUCAUCAACAAGAGUACCUGGACCGCGGCGGCGGUGACUACUGGUCGGAUGGCGCCCGCAGUGUAUCCUGCCCCGGCACUCCCACCGGCGAGGACGACGUUGGCUACGGCAGUCCGACCUCCCGCUACUUCAACCUGGACACUCCCCAGCAGUGCGGAGGGUUCUACGACCAUGGGAGUGCGGACAUGCUGCCUCCAGGCUGCGGCCCUAGCUACGACCUGCACGACCCUACGCCCAUCAUCAGGGUAGUCAAGAGACGCAACACGGCCAACAAGAAGGAGAGAAGGAGGACGCAGAGCAUCAACAACGCGUUCGCAGACCUCCGAGACUGCAUCCCUAACGUUCCCGCGGACACCAAGCUCAGCAAGAUCAAAACACUGAGACUCGCCACGUCCUACAUCGGCUACCUCAUGGGCGUCCUGGAGAGCGACGACUGUGGGGACGGCUUCAAGGCGGACCUGGGCAGUCACAGGAGACACCAGAGGCAACAGUCGCAGCCUGACCAGUCCAAGGGCAAAGGAAGGACAGGUUGGCCGCAGCACGUCUGGGCGUUGGAGCUGAAGCCAGAAACUGUCUGAAAAACCUUACCAAUAUUGUACAAAAUGUGUAUAUCUUUUGUUAUUUAAAUAUUAUUGUUUGUGUUAGUAAAAAUUU